GUCGGUGUCAGGUUUCAUUCGGGGCAGCGGAGAGUCCCGACGCUGUGUCCGACCCUCGGUGCUCCUCAGCGGGGCGUUUCUGGAGCAGCGCCGCCGUGUUGUUAAAACGCUGGCUCUAACACGGUGACAACAUGGCGGAGACAGCGGACUGUGGUGUAACCAACGCCGCGAAGUGGAAGCAGCCAGCUGGGAUGAAGAGCCGACAGAGCGCCCUGAAGAAGAGCUCCGGCAGCCGGGUCAGUCUGGAGAAAGUUCUGGGGAUCACCACGACCGGCGGCAGCACCUUGACCUCGGACCCCAACUCUGGACUCAUCGCCUACCCUGCUGGGUGUGUCAUCGUGCUGCUUCACCCAGAGACCAACAAACAGACUCACAUCAUCAACACGUCCAGGAAGACCUUCAGCGCAGUGGCCUUUUCUCAUGAUGGGAAACACCUGGUCACUGGAGAGAGUGGUCACCUGCCCUGCGUCAGGGUUUGGGAGGUGGAUGGAGCUCAGGUGGCCGAAGUUCAGUCUCAUAAAUACGGAGUUUCCUGCGUUUCGUUUUCCACCAACAGCUGCUACAUCGUCUCUGUGGGCUUCCAGCACGACAUGACGGUCAGCGUCUGGGACUGGAGGAAAGCUUCCAUCAUCGCCUCCAACAAAGUGUCCAGCCGAGUGUUCGCCAUCUCCUUCUGUCAGGACAACAGCUACUUCGUCACUGCUGGCAACCAACACGUCAAGUUCUGGUACCUGGACGUCUCCAAAGAGCGGCGGGUGAACAGCACCGUGCCCCUGAUUGGUCGGUCAGGGUUGCUGGGCGACCAUAAGAACAGUGUGUUCAGUGGGGUGGCGUGUGGGCGGGGCCUCAUGGCAUCCAAUACGUACUGCAUCACCAGCUCCGGUCUGCUGUGUCUCCUGAACAGCAGCCGACAGUUGGAGGCCUGGGUCCACCUGAAGACGACGUCGGCCAGCUGCCUCUCCAUCACUGAGAGCUUGGUGUUCUGUGGCUGCGCUGACGGCGUCAUCAGAGUUUUUAAUCCGUCCAACCUGCAGUACAUCAGCACCGUGCAGAGACCACAUCACCUGGGAGUGAACCUGAUGCCCAUCACACCGGACAGCGACUCGUUACCUGCCACUCCAGGUGUGCAGUUCCCCGACACGUUGGCUCUGACCUUUAACUCCGCCUCCUGUCAGCUGACCUGCGUGUACAGCGACCACAGCAUUUAUGUUUGGGACAUUAAAGAUGUGAAGAACACCGUGAAGACGUACUCUGCUCUGUACCACAGCAGCUCUGUGUGGAGCGUCGAGGUCUACCCAAAGCUUCAGGAUCCAUCUGAGGCCUGUCUACCUACGUCCUCCUUCCUCACCUGUUCGUCUGAUGGCACCAUCAGACUGUGGAACACCAGACAGACCGACCUCCACAGCAAUGACCUGCUGAGGAUCCUGUAUGUGGAGGAGGCUGCUGGGAAGGCCGGAGUCCGGGUGCUGAGCAUCAGUCCUGACGGGCAGCACCUGGCGGCCGGAGAUCGCUGUGGAAACCUCAGGAUCUUCGCUCUGGACUUCCUGGAUGAGCUGGUGAAGAUCAAGGCUCACGACUCAGAGGUGUUGUGUCUGGAGUUCUCCCCCGCUAGCACAGGAUUGAAGCUGUUGGCCUCAGCCAGCAGAGAUCGACUGAUCCACGUCUUCAACCUGGAGAAGAACUGCAGUCUAGAACAAACUCUGAACGACCAUUCAGCCUCCGUCAGUGCUGUGAAAUUUACAGGUGAGAGUCCGGAGGUCCGACUGGUGAGCUGUGGAGCUGACAAGAGCAUCUACUUCCAGACAGCUGAGCAGACGUCGGAGGGUUUGCGGUUCUCCAGGAGUCACCAUGUGGUGGAGAAGACCACGCCCAACGACAUGGACCUGGACUGGACCAGAAGCCACGUGGCCGUCGGCUGUCAGGAUAGGAACAUCAGAGUGUACAACGUGGAAACUGGGAAGCUGAAGAAGUGUUUGGAGGGUUCAUCCAGCGAUGAAGGAGCUCUGCUGAAGGUUCACAUGGAUCCAUCAGGGUCAUUCUUGGCCACCAGCUGCUCCGAUAAAAACAUCACCAUCUUGGACUACGAGUCAGGAGAGUGUGUAGCGUCUCUGUUUGGACACUCAGAGACCAUCACCUGUAUGAGGUUCAGUCACACCUGUAGACACUUCAUCACUGCGUCAGCAGACAGCUGUGUGUUUGUGUGGAGGCUGGACUCUCAGCUGAGCAGCAUCAUGAGGAAGAGGCGGGGCUUCAGAUCCACACCUUCAGCCCAGAGCCUCAAACGGCUGGACACCAGGAAACAAACCUUCAUCACUGCUUCAUCUCAGCCGCCUCAUACCGAUGAAGACGAGGAGGAAGAGGAGCCCCACCUCAGGACUAAAGACAGACCAGACGCUGCUCCAGCUCCACAGCUUCAGAACAACAGGAACCUGUCGAUGGUCUUCAGAGAACUGGGUGUGGGCGUGGCCUCCCCCAGUGUCCAAUCAGACGCCGAGCCUUGUCAGGUACAGCGUCGGUGGGCAGAGCCACCAAACCCAGUGACUGUCUGCUCCAGCUUCUCCCCGAGUCCCACCAAGAGUCAGGAGGAUGAAGACAAAGUCUUCCAUCCUCAGGCCCUGGACCAUCUGCUGGCAGACGAAGAGGACGAAGAUGGAGACGAGGAGGACGAAGAUGGAGAUGAGGAGGAUGAAGAUGGAGACGAGGAGGAUGAAGAUGGAGACGAGGAGGAUGAAGAUGGAGACGAGGAGGAUGAAGAUGGAGACGAGGAGGAUGAAGAUGGAGACGAGGAGGAAGAGGAGGACCACAGGACUCCAGACAACCCGGAUUCAGACGCUGAGCCUCGUCGUGCUCGGAGACGGUGGUCGGCGCUGAAACGUCCAACCUUCUUUCCGAGUCCCAUCAAGUGCGAGGAGGAUGAAGACUUCCAUCCUCAGGCUCUGGAGAGUCUGCUGGAAGACGAGGAAGACGGAGAGGAGAUCAGCCAGGCGAACUCCAGCUCCAGCGCUGCCUCAGCAGGUGAGAUUCAGAGAGGAAACGCAGACGGCAGUGAUGUUGGUGAAAACUCGUCAGUUUGUUACAGACAUGAAGGUGAAGAAUUGGUCAGCAUGGAGCAAUGUCAGCAGGUUUCAGACGAUCUGCGACAGGCGGCGAGCCGAGCCGUUCACCUUUACCUGCAGCUCCAGGAUGUAAAGCAGCAGCCGGAGAUGAUGUCCGUCCUGCAGGAGGCCUUUCAGUGGGUUUCCUCUCGGCUGCAGGAGGCUCAGCGGAGCGGCGCCCCCUGAUGGUCAGCUGGAGAACCACGUCUACUGAGUUAUAAAUACCAGAAACACAUUCAGCAGUUCUGCUGCUGUCUAGACAUUCAGCUCUGUCCCAGAAACACUCCACUGAGGAAACGGGUAGAUUCACCUGUAAGCUCCGCCCCCUUCAUCCAGGUGACUCUGAGACAUUUAAUGAUGAAGCACCGGGACGGAUGUCUGGAUCCCAGCAGGACAGAUUAUUGAAACUGAAAACAUCCGAAUUCAACCCACAGCUGUAGUUUUAAUGUUUAUAAUAAAUAUUGCGUUUCAAGAAA